AUGGAUCGACAUGUGGCCGAAGUUGCUAUUGAGUCACUUAAGGAAAAACGCAUCCGGCUAGCUCAUCAACUUGAGGUUUUAAUGGGAAUUGAAUUAGAUGAAAAACAAUUGAAAGAGGAUUUUUAUGCAGCAUUCAUUAAACAUCACAGAAAGCAAUAUCCUCAAAUUACGAUUGGCCGAAUACACGAAUACUUUUUGAAGCAACGAAAUGCUUUGGGAAGACAAGCGAUUGUCGAUGUUGUAAAGGAUGAGUUGUACACUGCACUUGGCAACCCAAAUAGCCAAUUUUGGGAGCAAAUAGAUUUGGAAACGGCCAUUGAUAUUUGUUGUUAUGCGCGAUACAUAGAUCCAAAGAAACGCAGAGGUAUUUUAUAUUUGAAAUUUUUGUAA